CAGCCUGGAUGACGCUCACAGAACAAACACUUUUCAGCGGACAAACAGCCAUGUAGCAGCGCCAGCGUGUGUGGCCGUUCGCCGUCUUUAUGGCUUCUGGCGGCGGGCACGAAAAGGAAAAGGCGGCCGGAGGCUCGUGGAGCCUGAUCGGCGCGGCCUCGGAGCUUUCCCAGAAGCGCUGCCGCCUGAUGUUCUCCUCCCGCGGCUACGACUCUGACGUCUGCCUGUUCUACGUGCAGGGACAGUUCUUCGCUAUGGACGCUCGCUGUUCGCACUCCGGUGGCCCCCUCUGUGAGGGGGACAUUGAGGAGGCUGAUGGUGUUCUCCAGGUCUUUUGUCCUUGGCAUGACUACAACUUUGACCUUCAAACUGGGAGGUCAGGAUCCUCUUUCCAGCAACAGGUGUAUGAAGUUAAGCUGGAAGACGGCAAUGUGUACGUGAAGCACUCCAGUCGUCUCUCCUUGCAGCCUUUUCUUGUGGAUAAGAAGAGCUGAACAUCCUCCAGAGCCUACGUGAGGGCGAUGACCGAUUGGUGAUGGGGCCUCCUGCCUCACUUGGGCUUUUUUAAAACAUUAUUCCACAAAUCCAAGCCAUCUGAAACAUUCCUAAGCCUUAUCUGCCAUUUUCACAGACCAUUUUCCACCUUGGCGACUGCAAAUCCAGGGUGUUAUCAAGAGAGAUGUCUGAAGAGGAAAUGACACCAUCAGAUGGUUUGACUUGGUGUCUUAUCAGGUAGACGAUCCUCACAGCGAGUUCCAGAUGUGCUCUUGACCACGAUAAAAUACAAGGCUGUUGCCAUCUACGCAAAAUUUUACUUUCAGCUCAUGUUACUGAACUAACCGGUAGCAUGUUUUAUUUCAAAUGGGUUAUAACAUACACUGUGUCACCAGGUGUCAUAAAAAUAUAGUAAAGGUGUAAGGAAUGGAAUUUUAAACAUUAUUGAAGGAGCCAACAACUAUUUUCCAUCAUAUUUCGUAGCUUAAUGGUGUCUUAUACAGAGAGUGAAGCAACACUCCCUCUGUGCUGUGAGAUUUUCCAUCCCAUUUACAUUCUCGGUCUUGCUAUACAUGCACUCUUUUAGUGCAACUAUUGUUCCUCCCUAUUAAUAAAGAGCCAGCAGUACUCUGAGUAGUCACACAUAGCUGUUGAACCUUUUUAGAUGGCUUAUUAAAGCUACUUUUCACCAAGUACAUCCAAAAAUAACAUUUAUAGUGUAAAAUUGCCCCUGACUAAGACCACAGGCAGGCUUGAGUUCACAUACGUCUGUCCCAUAUAGAACACUGUUAAACCUGUGAAAAUGCUCUUAACUGCCAAUUGUUCUGCUCUGUGUGGAGGAUGGAAGUUUGAGGAGGAGUGGACAAGGAGAGAAAUUUUGUUUGCGGUGUAACGUCCAGGGCAAGUAAGAUAUCUAGUUACAAAAAAAAAAAAAGAGUUCAUAGCACCUUUGAAGUUUGUAAUCAAAAAUAAAGUAUGUCACAGCCUAAAAUCACUGUCAACUUAUUUCUGUAAAAACAGAGGAGGCUCUGUGCCCAGUAAGUAUCAGUUGCAGUGUUUUAUAGUCACUAUUUCUCAACAAAAUGCAAUACACUGAAUAGAUAUUAAUGAAAAGCAUUCCUUCACUAACAAAAUGAUUUUAUGAUGCAGCAGUCUCAAUAUAAAUGGAAAUAAAGCAGCAGAUUCCUUCCAGUCUGUUAAGUAGGCACUGUGCCUCCAGAUGAUGUUACUUCUGAUAAGAGUUUGAAGGUCCUUCACAGAAAUUUACAACUACAUCAGCAGAGGACUUGAUUGAGGGGCCCUAGCAGCCUUUCUAGUGCGUACUGUGCAUGAAGUGACAGUGGUCAUAGCACACAUCGCUGACCAGGAAGGGAAACGGGCAGAGCCGAUGACAAAGAAGGUUUUGUUUUGCAGUGCAUUUUCAUUUUAUUUAUUUAUUGAUUUAUUAUCCAAAAUCAUAGAGACGGAGUUUUUAAUUUGUUAAUUUAAGACUUUUUUGCAGUUAGAUUUUCCAUGUUUAAUAACACCAUAAAAUUAUUGUGGUAUUGCAUGUUUUAAGGUUUACCCAUUUGCAAGGUCCAUGCCCAGACUUUUCCAAAGCCUAUAGGAAAAAUACUAGGACAUGUUAAGUACACCAUGCAGGUGGAAGGUUCAGAACAAAAUGUGCUUGGGGGGGGUUUAUUUGGAGCUGUAAGACGGAUGCCAGUUGACUCUCACUCAAACCUUUAAGAAAUAUGUAAUAACACAAUCGCUGAAUACAAGUACAACACUCGAUUGAGAGGCUUGAUUUGUAACAGUGUCUUAAUAUGACUGAAGUUUUUUCUUUCUUUCUUAAAAACUGAACUUGCCCUUUCAGUAAAACGUGGUUAUUUGUAAAAGCUCUUGCAACAGUCUGAUUCAUUCAGAUGCAACCUGGAACAAACCAAACUGAAUUCCAGCCUCUGUUUGUCCAUUGAACAUUGACUGAUCUUCAAAGGUAGAACUUUAUGUAAGCAUGUGCAAAUUAUGAUACAGUUCCUCCAAAUGUUAACUUCAAAAUGUUAAAGUCACAGUCACAUUUGUUGAGUUGUGGCCUUGGAUAAAUUUAGGCACUUAUUCCAGUGACAUCACGUAAUAGAAACGCCCUUUCACCGUCUGUACUUACAGACCGUUUUAACCCAGAGUGAGUUCCAGCUGGUAAUUGGUGGCAGCCUCCGCAUCCAUCAGGCUCUCUCGCUCCAUUCCUGGCUUGUGCAGAGACACGUUUGUCUACUUUUGAUGCAAAUGACUGAAAAGGGCAGUGUAGUGAGGCGCCGUGGAAUGGUUCAUGACCUGAAAUGCACCACCAGCUCAAUGUGUUUUUGUAGCUUUCUAUACGUGUCCGCUGACGUAUGUGUUUCUUUGUUCCUCACUGGUGACAGCGGUAACUUGGUGUGUGCCAUUCUGGCACACGCAGAGUUUGGCCGUCGAGGUGUCGGUGACGGUGAGGCUCAACACUUUCAUUUUCCUUCCUGCGCUGCCCCCUGUUGUGUAACUUUAUUACAGUAAAAUUUUCAUUGGCUGCAAGUGUCAGUUGUGCACCUCAGAUGUCUUGCUGUGUGCUUUAGGAGUCAUCAGGAUGACAUGCACACAUCACUGACACGCAGAAAAGUACACAGUAUUUGUGCUUGGGCAAUGAAAGUUUUUACAUUUUAAAUUUCAACUGCGUGUCGAGUGUUUUCCUAUAAUCGGCUUACUCUAAUGCUUUCUUAAUGUACUUUUGUGUUUACAACCCAUUUUAAUUUCUAUGCUAUAUUUAUCAUUCUGCAGAAUGCAAACUUUAUACACUGGGACCAUUUCAUUGAAACUUCCUGCAUUUUGUUGACUGUCAUUUUAUUUUCUGUAUGUAUUAUAUUUUGUUCCAGUAUUGCUGUUAUAUAGUUAUUCAAUCAUAAAAGUGUAUUUUCUUAGCAUUAGAAAUACAUUUUUAUUUGCACAUUUAUACAAAAGUCAAAUGAGAAUGACAUUUGCAAAAUCUUAUACAAAUCAUUUAUUUACACUUUCAUGUCCAGUUAUAGAUUUUGCACCAUUUACACAUAAAAUAAUACAGAGAGAAGCAUCGAUCACCAUGCAUUAAUUACUGUAAUAAUAAAGUGUUUACAAAGCAUUAACAGUACUUUUUUUUUUUUUUUUUUACUUCUAUUAACCAACAGUGGAAAAACCGAGGUAAUUCCUUUAAUACAGCAUGAAUGUUCUUCCAUUCCAGAAAGUGGUAGAAAAGAUGAAGGAUGACCUCUUAAAUAAAUUAUGAUCUCUCUGAGACCAGCUGCGGUAUAUAGAAAAAAAGAAAUCUGUAACUUCUUUGUGUGUUCUGGGUUGCAUUUCAGAACUUUUCUGCUGAUGUUAAAACAAGCUGGUUCGUGUUAUUUACACCUACUGCACUUCUGUGGUAAAGGAAAGAAUUCUUUAAAUAGUUUGGUGUUUUUUUU